GGACAAACUCAACAUCACCAUCAGAAAUUACUGUGGUGACAAAUGCAAAAAACACGAUACAAAUUACCACACAGACAAACACAACAACAUUGCCAGAGCUUACAAUAAUAACAACCCUAAGAACACCAGAUAUGCCAAUAGUGACAAACUCAACGCAAAUCAUUGAAACAGUAGACAAAACAACAGCUGCAGUCUUUACUGUAAAAGAAAGCUUUACUCUAAACAUGGACUUUCAGGACUCAUACAAUAACCCAACCAGUGAUGUUUAUAAGGAUAUUUAUGCUUCUGCUGAAACAAAUUGCCAGGAAUACAUGUCAAAAGAUUGCAGUGUGCAGGGUCUAAACUUUAGGUCUGGAAGCACCAUCGCUGACUUUUCUCUCAGCAGUUCUUCUCAGGAUGCAUCACAACUUCAAUUAGCAAAAGACGAAAUGUUAAAUCAACUGGCAGAAAAAUAUCCUGUGGACAUCUUCAGUAACACAUUAUAUAUGUCAGUUGGCGAAGUUACUUCAGAGGAAAUAAUUGCUGGGGACUCUGUAACUCUGACAUGUGGACCUCCUCCAACUAAUUUUGGGUUAAAUCUAAGGGUGGUUUGGACACUUGAUGGAACAGUCCUCCAAACAACUAAACCCAGUGAUGACGGGACCUCGAAAUACAAAAUCACAACAUUCUAUAAAAUUCAUGAUGGGCAAUAUACCUGUAAGAUGAGCCGUGCAGAUGGUGCCACUUUCACACAGAGCAGAAACCUAAAGUCUAAACCAGCACCCCUGAUCACUGUUAAACCAAUAAUUGGAUCAUUGAAAUGUCCUGGUUCUCUGACACUAGAGUGUUCUGUUAGAGGAGACUACCAGGUUGAAUUUAAGGGCCUGGACCCUCCAAGUUCUAGCCCAGAUUCAGAAAUCAAACAUGAGUAUCAAGCCCCUGAUGGAUGUACCCCAGAGGAAAAGACAAUAACCUGUCAAGUAACAACAAAGCCAGAGGUUAAGAAAAUCAUUAAACUGACAUUAAACCCAAACGUUCUUUGUGAAGGUGAUGAUGUAUUCAGUGCUGGACCUGAAGGUUUUUUUGCUGUUGGUCCCUGUAAAGAGGGUAUGGUGGGAAACAAAACAGCCGUUUGUAAGGAUGAUGGCACGUAUGGAGAUAUCCAAGACAACUGCGUCCUAGAAGUUAUACAGAACCUGCUUGAUCAGUCAGAGGAACUGGAUAAAGUCACCCUGCCAGGAUUCUUGGAAACCCUCAAGGAUGCAACUAUCAACAACACAAAGACCAUAACUGAUUCUCCAGCAACCAUCAACGCAAUGGUUAACAUCUUAGAAAAUAUUGCUCGAAGGGUAGAUUUUUUAAAUAUCACAAUAAACGAAGAAUCCACAAGGAACAUCCUGGAAAGUGCCGGAGUUCUCACCACUGAUGCUGCAAAAAAAUCAUGGGAUCAACUGAACAGUAAUAAUACAGGAACCAGAAAUGCCAGCUCUUCGUUUUUAAGCGCCUUUGAAGGAAUAACAGCUCAUGUUGUCAAUGAACCUUUCAAAAUAAAUACACAAAAUAUAAUUUUCACCAAAACUAAUUUCACAAACAUUUUCAACGCGGACUUUAAUUCCUCACUGGAAGUAGAGAUACCAGAAGCUGGGGGAGAGAAACAAUCAAUUUCAGUGAUACUAUUUGCAUCCAUGGACAACGUUCUUCCUGUGAGAGAAAAAACAAAUACAUCAUCCAGUGUUAUCAAUGGAAGAGUUGCACUUAUCCAGCCAGAAUCAGAUCUUACGAACAUAUCAAUAGCUUUUGAUGUGCUUAAUGAAACCCUGGGAAACCCUAAAUGUGUUUUUUGGGAUUUCAAACUGUUUGAUGGUCUUGGAGGCUGGAGUGAGGAUGGCUGCUCCUUUGUAAUGAGUGAAAAUGGAUCAGUCACCUGCAACUGUAACCAUACCACCUCGUUUUCUAUUCUAAUGUCACCCUCCAGCUAUACUGAUCCUCCGUUGGAAUACAUAACCUACAUUGGACUUGGAAUCUCUAUGGGUUCUUUGAUUAUAUGCCUAAUCAUUGAAGGCAUUGUAUGGAGAAAAAUAAGAAAGAACACAACAUCGUACUUGCGUCAUGUGUCUAUUGUUAACAUCGCUGUGUCUCUCCUGAUUGCAGACAUUUGGUUUUUCAUUGGAGCGGCCAUUUCAAAGACAACAAAUGCACCAGCAUGCACAGCAGCUACCUUUUUUAUCCAUUUUUUCUACCUGGCUCUGUUCUUCUGGAUGCUAGCCUCAGCCCUGUUGUUGCUCUACCGUAUGGUCAAUGUCUUUGAUGGAGGGCUGUCUAAAGCAUCUAUGCUGGCCAUUGGAUUCUCUUUGGGAUAUGGUGCACCACUGAUCAUUGCAACAAUAACUAUAGCUGUAACUGCUCCUUCAAACGAAUACAUCAGAGGCGAUGUUGUCUGUUGGCUCAACUGGGACGAGUCCAAAGCUCUUUUGGGGUUUGUGAUACCUGCACUUCUGAUAGUGGCCGUGAACCUUAUAAUCCUGAUUGUGGUGAUAUUCAAAAUGUUAAGGAGAAGAUCAGGGGAGAAUGCUGCCCAAGCAGGAGAGAAGCAUGUCCUCCUGGUGAUUGCCAGGAGUCUGGCUGUUCUAACACCAUUUUUUGGAAUAACUUGGGGUUUAGGAAUUGGAAUCAUGGUCAGGCCAAACAACAGAGGGAUCCACAUUACAUUUGCAUUGUUCAAUUCACUGCAGGGUUUCUUCAUUUUGGUGUUUGGAACUCUAUUAGACAGAACAGUGCGGUCAGAGAUCAGAAAAUCUCAGAGAUCUACCUCGCAAACAAGAACAAGGAGCACAAGUGCUGGAACCAUAUCCAGUGGAUUUGGAAACCUUUUCAGGAGAUUCAGAAAAGGAAAACGCUCUACAAGUGGCUACCAGGUGUCAUCUAAUGGAUCCAUGGACUCAUCCUCCAACACUUAAUACAUUGCAAAGAAAAUUAUGGUUAAUUUGAUAAGACUGUCCAUGCCAUAAUUCAAUUAUUUAAAUAAAAAAAAAGGCCAUUAUAAAGUAAAAGUAGCCAAUUUUAGUGUCUGUUAUAAAAUCGGCUUCAGUUAAUGCAAAAAUCUUCUAUAGUACAUAUACAUGUUUUUAGAUUAGAUAGUAAUGUGGUGAAAUACCUGUUUUUAGGAGUCUGUAAAAGUGAGAUUUAAUCAGAGGGGUUAAUUGAUAUAUGUAUAUAUUUGUUAGAUUUAUAUCAGAUUAUAUAAAAACAGAUUUGAGUGCAGUUACUGAUGGCUCUAAUGAUGAAAAAAGAUCCAUAAGAUCAUUCAAAUUGACAUUAUAUGUUCAGCGUAGAUAAAGAAAAGUCAUAAGUUUACAAAACAAGUUAUUAGUCGACUUGUGUAAGAUCAAGAUGAUUCUAAACCCCUGCACUGUUACACAUCUAAUGUAACUUAUAAUGUGAAGACCUUAAAUGCACUUUGUUGAACAUUAUAAAUUAGGUGGAUUGCAUUUAAUUUAUAAGCUGUUUUGUUUAAUGUGUGUGAUGCACCUCUCCUGUUUUAUUUGAGAUUAUUAAACCCUAAACAUUAAGACAUGUAAUUUUAAUCUUUCCUUCUUUAGUAUUUAAGUACAG